AUGGCUUCUCUUGCCAUGUUUCGUCUCUCAGCUCGUCCCGCCACUUCCGCCUUCGUCAGACCCUGCGCACGAUCCUUCAGGAGAGCUCCAGCUAUCAUUCAAUCGGUUUCCGCAAGGUCCCCUUUUAGCUCCUCCGCCAUCCAAAGAAGCGGUGGUCACGAAGACGAAACAUUCGAAGAAUUUUCUGCGAGAUACGAGAAAGAAUUCGAUGCUGUGCAGGAUGUCUUUGAGCUACAGCGAAACCUGAAUAACGCCUUUGCCUACGAUCUUGUUCCCUCCCCCGGUGUUGUCACAGCAGCUUUGAAGGCUGCUAGACGUGUCAACGAUUUCCCCACUGCUGUGAGAAUAUUUGAAGGCAUCAAAGCAAAGGUCGAAAACACACAACAAUACCAGGAAUACCUAGAGGAACUAAAACCCCUGCGCGAAGAGCUCGGAAUUAACCUCAAGGAAGACCUUUACCCCGAAGGCAGCGACAGCCCAUACCACAACCCAUAG